GUCUAAAAACCCUAAUCACCUGAUUGCCCAUCGCUCUUCUGCCGAGUGCCGACCUCCUCUCUCGCUGGGGCAAGCGAACCCGAAGAAGACGAAGCUGCGAUGGGCGCCUAUAAGUACGUGUCAGAGUUAUGGAGGAAGAAGCAAUCAGAUGUCAUGAGGUUUCUGCAGAGGGUGAGGUGUUGGGAGUACCGCCAGCACCCUUCCAUAGUGCGUGUCACUCAUUCGACUCGCCCAGAUAAGGCCCGUCGCCUGGGUUACAAGGCCAAACAGGGCUAUGUGAUCUAUCGAGUACGUGUAAGGCGCGGUGGGAGAAAAAGGCCAGUUCCUAAAGGUAUUGUGUAUGGUAAACCCACAAACCAAGGUGUCACACAGCUGAAAUUCCAGCGCAGCAAGCGUUCCGUCGCAGAGGAGCGUGCUGGGAGGAAAUUGGGUGGUCUCAAGGUCCUCAAUUCCUACUGGAUUAAUGAGGAUUCUACUUACAAAUACUUUGAGGUUAUCUUGGUUGAUGCUGCACACAAGACCAUUCGCAAGGAUCCAAGAAUCAAUUGGAUUUGCAAUCCAGUGCACAAGCACAGGGAGCUUCGUGGACUCACUUCUGCUGGGAAGAAGUACAGAGGCCUGCGUGGAAAGGGGCACUCGCAUCACAAGGCACGACCUUCCAGAAGGGCCACUUGGAAGAGGAACAACUCCCUCUCUCUGCGUCGUUACCGUUGAUCUUCAUGACCAUGUUUGUGACGGCUUUACUCUUAUUUACUUUUAUCCUUGGUUUCCAGCUGUAUGGUUCUAUACUGUGUUAGACACCAGAGGAGUUUGAUUGACAUUCAGACCUUUAGAGUUUUUUGCUUCUGAGCUCUAUCCGCUAUGUUAAUGGCUUAAGUCCUUUAGCUGGUUGAGUUAUUGGUGAUAGAUUUCGCGUUUUAUUA